GGAGGGUGCAGGGCAACACGUCGUGUGUGUGUGUGUGUGUGUCCUCAGCAUGGGUUGUCACUUGGCUCACACACCUGCACCUGACGCUCUCCCUCCGCCAGCAAAUAAUUAAUGUCGUUCACCGCCGAGCAGCUCGACUCGUACCGCACUGACACAAGUGCAUUUAGUCGAGUAUUUAUUGGUCGAGCGGGAGCGUGACUCGCGGGCAGCGUCCUCUCGGGCCGCGGUGUCGGGAGGAUUCACGCUGUGAGCCACGUGACGACACACGGCUGCGGGGAUUGGCCGAGGCCAUCUCUGACCUCAGCAGACUGGACUCCGCCUCUCCUCAACACCACCACCCAACACACACACACACAGCCCUCCCUCCCUCUCAGUCUCCCUCCCUCACUCUACCCUACCUCCUUUUAUUUAUUAUUUUCCUCCAGUUAGCUUUGCCCCCCCCCUCAGCAUCCUCCACUAGGUUAGAGCCGCAGCACCACCAGCAGCAGCAUCCAUGGCUUAAGCCCCGGCUCUGAUCGGCCUCUACCCCUCCUCUCUCUCGUCUGUCUCUUUCUAUCUCUCUCUCUCUCUCUCUCUCUCCUUCCUGGGCUAGUUGACAGGCGACGUCUGGGGGGGGGGGUCUCGAAAGGCUCACAGUUAGCUAGGGCGUUAGCCACAUGCACACGGCGGCUCCGCUGCCCAUCGAUUCUCACUGUAUCGCCGUGGUAACCGAGGGCUUCUUGUCUUCACCCCCCUCCCCACGCCACCUGCUCUCAUUUCAGGCUCUUUGGAGAUAGAGGAAUGCAAAUCUGCAACCAUGAUGGAAGGAUUGAAAAAACGUACCAGGAAGGCCUUCGGGAUACGGAAGAAAGAGAAGGACAAUGACUCCACGGGGUCCCCAGACAGAGACAGCGGCGAACCCCAAGAGGUUGAAUCGUCUCAGAAGAAGAGCAACGGGGCCCCCAAUGGCUUCUACGAAGAUAUCGACUGGGACAGAUAUAACUCUCCCGAGGUGGACGACGAAGGCUACAGCAUCAGACCUGAAGACGAGUCAGAAGAGGGAGCGCCCACCGUCAAAAAGCCCCACUUCUUUUCCUCCGACGAGUCGGAAGGAGAGGAGGACCACAGGAAAAAGUUCAAGAUCAAGAUCAAGCCGCUGCCGUCCGACCGCGUGGCGGCCGCGCCCUCGGUGGACGAGCUGAAGGCCUCCGUCGGCAACAUCGCCCUGUCCCCGUCUCCGAUGAGACGGAGCCCGGCUCUGAAAAGGAACCCAUCCAGUGAGGAGAUCGCCAGACCGAGACGCGUCGCCGUGGCCCCGCCCCCGCCCACAGCGGCCCCCACAGCGGCGCCGCAGCUCCCCAGCAGUCAACCACCGCCGGUCUCUGAGGACACCACAGACUUAUUUGGGCCUCCGUUGGAAACGGGCUUCGGAGAACCAAAAAGUGAAGGGGGGCCCUCUGAGUCGGACCCCUGGGGGGCCGCUCUGCUCUCAGAGCCCCAAGCCUCUCGGACAAGAGCCUUCCCCACAGGAACUCCGCCUCCUCUUCCGCCCAAGAAUGUCCCGACCGGCCCCCCGUCGACCGCCCCCCCCUCUGCAGACGUCGCUGAAGUUUCCUCCAUCGCGGACCUGGACAACAUCUUUGGCCCGGAAGAGCCGGCGCCCCCUGCUGGCGAGGAGACGAGUGACGCGUGGGUCUGCUUCAGUGCAGAAUCGCCCGAGGAACCGGCGCCUCCCUUCCCGGGCUCUCCUCCUCGGCCCGAAGCCGCCGCCCCGACCGUGCCUCCGUCGCCACCUUCUCCACAAGAGCCCGCCCCGCCUCUCCCCGUGUCCCCUCCCCCAGAAGAAGAGCCGGCGCCCCCGCUCCCAACCUCCCCCACUUCCUCGGAGGAGCCCGCCGCACUGUCCGCCCCCUCGUCUCCUCCUCCGACCCCAGAGGCUCGGCAUCUCGCCGCCUCUCCAAAGGAGCUCGAGUCUCCUCCCCCUUCUUCUCCUCCCACUCCUUUAGACUCCGCCUCCAGCUUGCCACCAGCCCCCGCUCCGAAAGCAAGCGCCCCUCCCGCCGCAGCGUGCUCCGUCCUUCUGGUUCCGUCUCCGGAGGAGCGGCCCAAGAACUCUGACGUCCUCCAAUCCAAAGACGGCGGGAGCGAAACCGCCGCCUCGCCCGGCGACGCCACCCAGGGCAGCCGGAGUACGCACCCCCCACCUCCUCCCCCGACGUAUCGGACCGUGGUGUCGUCGCCAGGUCCCACGUCCGGACCGGGAGGCUCAAAUAGUGGCGCCUCCUCCCCGGUGCGACCCGCCACUCCUCCGUCGGUCGGCCCCACCCCUCCACCUCCUCCACCCCGGCCCCCGUCACGGCCUAAACUUCCGCCGGGGAAACCGUCUGUCGGAGACGCAAUGGUUCCGUUCAGCCCGCCGGUCCACUCGGCCAGCCCCCCCCCCGUGGCCCCGUUGGCGCGGGCCGAGAGCACCUCCUCCAUCUCCUCCACCAACUCCAUGAGCGCCGCCACCACCCCGACCGUCAAUAAAGAGCUCUCCGUGUCCGUGUCAGAGAAUGACCAGCCGUCCCUUGUCUGGUUUGACAGAGGGAAGUUUUAUUUAACCUUUGAAGGCUGCUCCCGGGGGCCCAGUCCUCUCACCAUGGGGGCUCAGGACACUCUCCCUGUGGCCGCCGCGUUCACAGAGACGGUCAACGCCUUCUUUAAAGGAGCCAACCCCAACAAGUGUGUGGUGAAGGUCAUAGGUGAGAUGGUUCUGUCGUUUCCGGCAGGCAUCACGCGGCACUUUGCCAAUAACCCGUCGCCCGCCGUGCUAACCUUCAGCAUAACCAACUACAGCCGGCUGGAGCAUGUGCUGCCUAACCCCCAGCUGCUCUGCUGCGCCGCCACCGCCGCCGCGGCCGACACCAAGGACUUCUGGGUGAACAUGCCCAACCUCAUCUCCCACCUGAAGAAGGUGGCGGAGCAGAAGCCUCAGGCCACGUACUACAACGUGGACAUGCUCAAGUACCAGGUGUCAACGGAGGGGCUCCAGUCGAUUCCCCUGAACCUGGCGGUGAGCUGGCGGUGCGAGCCCACGAGCACGGACCUGAGGAUCGACUACAAGUACAACGGGGACGCCAUGGCGACGCCCACGGCCCUCAACAACGUCCAGUUCCUGGUCCCGGUCGACGGGGGGGUUUCAAAACUACAGGCGGUCUUACCUCCCGCCGCAUGGAAUGCGGAGCAGCAGCGGAUCCUCUGGAAGAUUCCUGACAUCUCACAGAAGUCUGAAAACGGAGGUGUGGGCUCGCUGUUGGCCCGCUUCCAGCUCACGGAGGGUCCCAGCAAGCCGGCGGCGCUGGCGGUGCAGUUCACCAGCGAGGGCAGCACGCUGUCGGGCUGCGGCAUCGAGCUGGCGGGGCCCGGGUACCGCUUCUCCCUCGUCAAGAAGAGGUUCGCCGCAGGAAAAUACCUGGCUGACAACUGACCCCCCCCCCCCCAGCCCCCCAGAACAAACCGACCGCGGUGGACCGAGGUGGACCCAGAGGAUGGAGGCCACGCCCCCACACCAGACGACCCCCCCCCUUUCCGUUGACCUUCCCCCCGAACCCGCCCGCCUACCCAGCAGUAUUGUAUAACUUGCAUCUAGCAUCGUGGAAACUGUUUUUAGGUCGUGUGCUGAUGGUAUUUGUAUUCAUUUCAUAACACCUCCGGGUCCGGGCCUCCGCCUCUCGCCUCCUCCGGUCGACGCGUAGCGGUGAUGUCAUCGUUUUAAAGUUUCACCGCAGCUGCCUGAAGGAAGACUUUGACAGGCCAGUUUUCUUUCUUUCUUUAAAAAAACAAGAUGAAACGUAUAGAGCGUCGACCACGAAGAGAAAACCACACGAUCACCUGCUGGCCAUACAGGGUCACGUGACUUUGGUCAGAGCGUUUUACAUUAAAAAGGGGGAUGAGAUCCAUCCCCCUUUUUAAUGAACCACGCUCUGACCCGUCAAUCAAACUGAGCUCCUCUCCCAUUGGCUCGUCGGGCAGCUGCGGCGGCGAAGACUUUACUUCACCGUGUACAAAGUGUCAUUUUAAAUCAAUAAUAUAUAUAUAUAUAUCUUAAAGGGCGUUUGGUGUUUCUCCUCGUAGUGUCGGGAAGCCUUCCCCCAGAGUCACACGACGGCAUUCUAUUUUUAUUUAUUGACGACGGCGGCGUGUUGUGAUUCUGUGCACGGGUAGAAUUUAAACGGCUCAGAAAAGGUAUAAAUAUUUAAAAUCUGUUUUUUGAUUUGUUAUUCGUGUCGUGGGGUAACCUGUGUACAGUAAUAUAUGGUCUAAUUUUUUUGAAUUUACUUCAGAUAUAAUUUUUUUAACUCGAGUGCAAAAGGAAGAUUUAAAAUAUAUAUAUAUAUAUGGGUGAGUGGGGGGUAAUUUAAAAAUAGAAAGAUAAAUCUCUUGCUCUGUGGAGGCAGUGUUAAUGUAGAGUUAGUUACAGCUUCACUUCCAACAGGCGGGCGGACAUGUUGGGAAUUCUUCUCGUCCGUCCCCCUGGUGGUCAUCUCGGUGUAAACACCGUAAACAUCUGGAUUUAUUUGGCCUUAUCCAGAUGUGACAUGAUUCAUUUCUGUCGCCGUCAGAUCAAAUGUUACCAGUAUUUUGGGAUUAUCGUCCCCUAAAUAUUCCUCACCCUCGGCGAGAGAUGGCCAAUCAUCGCAUUUUCCCCCCAAUUUUUUUUUAAUAAACUGAAGUCGAGUUGAAGCUGGAUUUGUUUACCGGGACCAGCUUGUUUAUUUUAUAUUAUUAAUAACGCUCGACAUUCUCAUCGCCGCACAUCUCACCUGGCCAGUUAUUUCCUCAGCGUGUAACCUUCCUGAUGAUGUCAUGGCCCCUCCCCCUCCCCCCGAUCAUCCAAUCAACCGCUUGAAUCCAUGGCUUUAUUUUUGCAUACUUGUAACGGUCUCUGUGAGAUGACUUGAGUGGAAUAACGAGGUUGCGGAGCGAGGUUAAGUCGACCAAAAUGCUUUUCUUCUUCUUCUUUUUUAAAUGUGUGUGUUCCCCGGACGGUCAGUCCUCUGACGGAGAAAUAAGCUGAAUACUUUUUUUUUUUUUUACGGAUACAUAAAUGAAUAUUCUAUAGUUUAAUGUGUAAUAAACACCGUGCUGAUGAUGUGGAAACUUCCUCAAUGCUCCUUGACAAAAAGUGUGUGUGUGUGAAGAUCUCUGUCCUCGCUCUGCUAGAAGCAGCCAAUCACGAGGCUGCGUUCAGGACCUGAGGAACGUUGGCCACCGCAAUAUUUUAAACGAUGAGAGAGCUUUUGAUUGGCCGUCUAGUUGUAAACAAAAUGUGGCUUUUAAAAAAAAUUUUUUGAGAUGAACACACCUGUGACCCAUCGGUGCAACGGUCACUACGCAGGCCACACCCACGACCCACAAUGCAUCUGGUGUUUAAAGUACUACUCCACAUCGGUUGCCAGGUAGAUAUUUACAUAAUUAGAGUUAAUAAAAUGGAUAAUAAACACUUCUUGGUCCCCGUGGGGAGGUUCAUGAUGGGGGGGGGGGGAGUGUGUUUUAAUGUGUGCUGUAAAGCCCGAAUGUUUCGGUUCUGUCCCGUUGACCUCGACACGCACACACGCACACACAUGUGUGCAAGAACAUAAAGCUGACAGGAAGUGAGGAACUUUAGUUUGCUUCUUCCCCAAACCAAUAAAAGUUAUAACUGGAA